AUGGCGUAUCAUUCGAUUCCGGGUUCUGGGUUUCAUUACUCGAAUUCUCCUUUUGGUGAUACAACCUAUACAAAGGUCUUUGUGGGUGGUCUUGCGUGGGAGACUCAAAGCGAGACUCUUCGUCGGCAUUUCGAACACUAUGGUGAUAUCCUUGAGGCCGUCGUUAUUACCGAUAAGAACACUGCUCGAUCUAAAGGUUACGGCUUUGUUACUUUCCGAGAUCCAGAGGCGGCUAGGAGAGCCUGUGUCGAUCCAACACCGAUUAUAGAUGGUAGACGAGCUAAUUGCAAUCUCGCUUCCCUUGGGAGACCUCGGUUUCCCAUGCAAUAUGCAGUCAUACCCAACAUUCCUGGACGGAUAAGACCUGCUUCCCCAUACGUUGGAAGUGUGCAGGGUUUUGGAAGCCAUCCGUAUCAGCAACCACCUGCUUAUACCUACCAGCAAGGAGUGAUGUACCCUUAUGGGGUUACACCAUAUGGACCUGAAUACAUGUACUCGCAGUCUCAGGGCUUAUAUGGCCCUUACAUGGGACAACAGUACCUUCAGGUUUAUGGAGUACCUGGGGCAGUUAACUCACCAGGUUAUCAAUACGGGCAAUUGAGUCAGAAUAUCCCCGGUGGUCACGGUUAUACAGCGGUUCAGGGUCAUUCGGUUCCAGGAAGUCAUGUUCUACAGCUUGGUGGACCCAGUGCCACUUCACCUAUGUCUGCUAUUCAAUCUCCCUACCCUAUGUCAGCUUCUGCUCCAACGCAGCCACAUAUCAUUGUUCAGACUCCUCAUCAGUAUAUGCAGAGUAGCAGUUCUGAUCAAACAACAGGAUGA